UUCACUUUUGGUGUGAAAGGACCUUUACAUUUACCAAAAACAGAACUUUUCAUAUUAAAACCAAAGUAGCAAGACUAACCCAGAUUUAGAAACGCACAAGUAACGUAACGCAUUACUUUUCAUUAAAGGUAUCAGAUCGUUUUUAGGGAGUAACGCAAUAUUGUAAUGCAUUACUUUUAAAAGUAACUUUCCCCAGCACUGUGUAUAAAUGUUUUGUGCUAACACUUUGAGAUCGUUAUUAAAGACCAGAACAUUGAAUAUUUCUAUUCAAAAUUCGAUUAUUACAUUUUAAUUGUGACAUUUUCGUGUUCUGUGAACUGGAAGAACGUUCUGGGAACGCUGAGAAUCACGAUCGUGAUUCCAGAAGUUUUCUUUCUUGGGAUUCGGCUCAAAGUGCCCGGUGGUCUGAUGUGAGUUGUGAUGUGUGAAGGUCGUGUGACGCACUUUUGCGCUCGUCUGCUCGCAUCGGUGCGCUAAUUGUCGUCGUGUCGACUUAAAGAGUCAUUUCCCACAAAAGGGAAUCUAAUUAUUUUCUUUUCUCUUUCACAUUAUCCGCCAACAUCGCCUUAUUCGCACCCGGGUGCCAAGCGCGCGUCUCUUUGAACUCGGCGCUCGUAAAGUUCGCGGGUAUAAAAGCCCAGUUCGGCCCCACCGGCGCAUUUUCUCGCCGAGCGCGGAGAUGGAGCAGAUCGAGGUCGACGCGUACACGGCCAAGGUUUUGUCCCAGUGGGGCUGGAGCAGAGAGGACGGGACGUUUGGAGACGCGCACGAGUGCGGCAGCGCGUCCUCGCCGGAGUCCGAGUCGUUCGAUUCCGUGUGCUGCUCGUCCCCGGAGGCGCUGUCCGGACGCAAACACUGCGAGCAGCAGAAGCCCAAAGUGAAGAUGAGCAUGAAGAGGAGGAUGAAGGCCAGCGAGCGCGAGAAGCUCCGCAUGAGGAGUCUGGCGGAGGCGCUGCAUCAGCUCCGCGAUUACCUGCCGCCGGUGUACAGCCGCCGAGGACAACCGCUCACCAAAAUACAGACCCUCAAAUACACCAUCCAGUACAUCAAAGAACUCUCCAACCUCCUCGAGCAGCAGUGACGAGCACCCGAGGAGCACAUCACGCACGAAACCUCACCUCUCGGAAACAUCCGGUUGAACGUUAAGCGAACAUUGUAUCAUUCUGGAAACAUGAUGGGAAUGUCACAUCCGAACGUUCUCUGAACUUCCAGAAACGAAUGAUGUGAAGCAUGUUUCCGGAGAACAUCAUUAACUUUGAGCAAAUGCUCUAUUCCCAGCUCCAGUCCCGACCUCAGGCUGCUGUUGUACAGAUUUAUGUGUUUCUGUUCGUUUGUUCAUCCGCUCUCGUGUUUUAUUCUGAUGUAAAUAUUUCUUGCUGGUGCUUGAGUGGAGUGUCCGUGUCUAAAAUGAAGAGUGUCUUUUAAAGUUAAAUUCUAAACAGGAAUAGCGGAAUAAAUGUUUUGUUCGUGUUCAUGUGAACUGGUACUUGUAUUUUACGUCAAGAUAAAUGAAUUUAAAGUGACUUUUUCACAACUAAAAGUUUUUGAAAGAAUCAUGCUGGAGCCCAGGGAACACAUGAUUUAGUUCAGUUAAACGUUGUAAAAAAAACAUCGGUCUAAAACGUUAAAAUGUCCGGUUUUCUUGUAUUACAUAAUGUUUCUUAAAAGUUAGAAAAAUGUUUCUUAGAACAUUCAAGUACAAAUCGCGUCAUAAGGACGUUCCCUCGGCGUCAUGAGAAGAGAAUUUAUAUAAAAUAUUAAUAAAGUUAC